UGAUAGGAAUUUGGAGGCGAAAAUAGAGAUACUGUUGAAUGUGGAGAAGCAGAUGAGGCAAGCGGGAGAUGUUGCGGGUACGAGGAAAUCCGCCAUUGAUAUUCUUCAGCUCUGCUUUGAGGCUCGUGCAUGGACUACACUUAAUGAGCAGAUUGUUCUAUUGUCUAAGCGUCGUGGACAAUUGAAACAGGCUGUACAGGCCAUGGUCCAACAAGCAAUGCAGUAUAUUGACCAGACACCUGAUCUUGAAACUAAGAUAGAACUCAUCAAGACCCUUAACAAUGUAGCUGCAGGAAAAAUAUAUGUUGAAAUUGAGAGAGCCCGUCUGAUUAAGAAGCUUGCAAAAAUUAAAGAAGAACAAGGACUCAUUGCCGAGGCUGCUAAUUUGAUGCAAGAAGUUGCGGUUGAAACUUUUGGAGCAAUGGCAAAAACAGAGAAGAUUGCUUUUAUUCUGGAACAAGUGCGUCUCUGUUUGGAUAGUCUAGAUUAUGUGCGUGCACAAAUACUCUCAAGAAAGAUCAAUCCCAAAGUGUUUGAAGCCGAUCCUUCUAAAGAAAAGAAGAAACCAAAAGAAGGUGAUAAUGUAGUCGAAGAGCCUGCUCCAGAUAUUCCAUCAUUGUUAGAGUUGAAGCGGAUUUACUAUGAAUUGAUGAUUAGGUAUCACUUUCAGAACAAUGAUUACCUUGAGAUAUGUCGCUGUUACAAGGCCAUUUAUGAGAUCCCUUCUGUAAAAGAAAACCCAGCACAGUGGAUACCAGUGCUGAGGAAAAUUUGCUGGUACUUGGUAUUGUCACCGCAUGAUCCUAUGCAAUCAAGUCUUCAUAACUCAACUUUGGAGGACAAGAAUCUUUCAGAGAUCCCUCAUUUCAGGCUGCUUCUGAAACAAUUAAUUACCAUGGAAGUCAUUCAAUGGACAUCAUUAUGGAAUACUUUCAAGGAUGAGUUUGAAAAUGAAAAGAAUAUGCUUGGUGGCUCUUUGGGUGACAAGGCAGCUGAAGAUCUCAGACUGAGAGUUAUAGAGCAUAACAUUCUUGUUGUCUCAAAAUACUACUCAAGAAUAACUUUGAAGAGAUUAGCAGAUUUAUUGUGCCUUUCCAUUCAGGAGGCCGAAAAACACCUUUCAGAAAUGGUUGUAUCAAAAGCACUUGUCGCAAAGAUUGAUAGACCUGUGGGUAUAGUCUGUUUUCAACCUGCAAAAGACAGCAAUGACAUACUAAAUUCCUGGGCUUCUAAUUUGGAAAAGCUGCUUGACCUUGUUGAGAAGAGUUGCCACCAAAUUCACAAGGAGACAAUGGUGCACAAAGCUGCAAUAAGGGCUUGAAAUAUUGGCAGGACUCCAAAGGUAGCUCAUCAAUUAUGGUAAUUGAUAUCAAGGAGCAGUUUAUGUGACAAAACUGAAAUCGUUUUCCAGUCUGGCUGCCCGACCCUCAAAGUGGAAAAAGCUCGUAGUAUCAAUCCUUCCACUCCUGUUAUCUUCAUCUGCCUGCUCGCUUUCCUCAACUUCCC